AUGUCGUCGGCACAUGAGGGGGGUGGUCAACCAUCUACCAGUAUGCGUCGAGGUGUGCCACAUGUGGCAGAGCAGCAUUCUGAUAAUAAAGCAAUGCCGCGAAAAGCGACUCAGGCAAAUCACAUGGAAUCGUCAGUGACACGUCUCCUCGUGGCCACAAAACUCUUGCUGGAGUCCCUUACGCAGUGGGCUCAGCGUAAGGAAUCCGAAACGAAUGUGUCGCGUGUCUACGUGCGCCUCGGCAAUGACUUUAAUGCGUCCAUCACAGCGUUUAUGGGUGCUGGUAUCGAUAUGACUGACUUGUACUCUGUCCCUGCUGAUCUGCGCGUGUGUCUCGAGUCGUGUCUGUCAGAAGAGGCCUCAACUGCGACACUCGAACGACACCUUCCUCGUAUUCGCGACAUUAUUGUGCGGCUUCUUCAGGGUCUCAAGACCAAGCAGGCCUACUAUAAGCAGCUUCAGAUGGAAUCGAACCCUUCGUCAGGCUCUGGUGUUCCUGGUUACAGCGUGCCAGCCUCGAGGGCUGAGGGCCCAAGUGGACCUCGUGCUCCUGGCUCAGCAUAUCCUUUGCCGACGCCUGUGUCUGCCCCACCGCAGAUGGACUCGACGACUCUUCCUGAAGAGUCAAGCCAAGUAAGGAGCCAGACCCCGCAUCAGACCCCACAUCCAUUACCCGCGCGCUCACCAAGGCAGGUCCCACCAACACCCCAAGAACGACCUGCAUCAAGAACGUCACCUGCCUUGUCGACACGAUCCGCCUCCCUGCCUCAGCCUCCGCCCGUCGCAGCAGCCGAUGACUCGACACCGCCGACACCUGCGUCGACGGCUGAGCAGGCGCAGCGCGAAGAUAUCAAUGUACGCCUACGUAACAGCGAUACUCUCGAGCGGCGAGCGAGCAAGCGUUUCAGUGCGUACACAUUCAACAAGAUUGGCGCUGGACUCAUGUCAUCGGUGGGCUCCACGCCCACAUCGCUGCAUUCAUAUACGGAGCGCCGUACGCCGCAGAGUGCAGGGCUCCGUAGUGUCAAGCAAGUGGCGGCAGCCGACCUUGAGGUGCCCUCACCAACGAAGCAAAAUCAUGCUUCCCAUACACUAUUGACGUCUUUGCCCGAAGCGGAUACAGGUGAGAGCAAAGCCGAGGUGUCGAGUGCGUACAGCCAUGACGAGCCUUUUAUGGUGUACUUGCAGGUGAAUCGACAGACUCGCAAGGUGACACUGCCCGUGGACCAUGCACAGCCCGACCGUGGCCUGAAUCUUGCUAUGCUACGUAUGCUUUUUGUUGACCAGUUUUCGUAUUCGAGCGGCAAGUCAGACUUUCCAGACAUUUAUAUCAAGGACCCGUCGAAUGGCGUAGCAUACCAGCUGGAAGACAUGAGCGAUAUUCAGCCCAAGUCCGUACUCAUGCUCAAUGUCGAACCCCUCGACCAGAUCAAAGAGCAUGUGGACUUUUCUAUCAGUGCACUCUCACGCGAGCUGCAUGAGCUCAAGGCUAUGAUCCGCGACAAUGCAGCACGCGAAGCAACACGCCCUGCACCUGUGGCACCGGUAGAGACGACGCCCAUCGCUGAUGCCGAAUUCCAAAAAGCUGGUGACCGCAUGUCAACGCAGCUUGGCGCACCGACCGUACCGCAGGACAAGGGCAACGAUUAUGCUACGGAUCUCAAGACGCACUAUGAAGCACUGCAGAAGCUGCGUCAUGACUUUGCCAUCUUGCGCCAGGUGCAAGACGAGGGCGAGCAUGACAUGCGGCAGUUGAUGGCAAAUCUGCGUGAGAAAGCCAAGGAGAUGAGCCGCGUCGUAUCACUAGGGCCCUCGGCGGGACGCAACUUGAUCGAGUCGGGCAAGACACAUCUAGACGCCCAGUCGCAGCAGGUCCUUACGAAUGUGGAGGAUUUGCAGGACCUCAUUGAGGACCUCAAGUUGGAUGUGAGCCAUCGCGGCGUCAAACCCAAAGCGGCGGAGCUGAAGCGCGCGACGGUCGAUAUAGCGACGGCAACGCAGCGCCUCACGGAGCUCGAGCAGUACAUCCAGUCGGUGCGCCCGCACUGGAAAAAGACAUGGGAGAAUGAGCUGCAGUUUAUCGUCGACGAGCAAGAGUUCCUCAACUAUCAAGAGGGGCUCCUGGCCGAUUUGAAGCAGGACCUCACGGCCGUGCAGGAUGUGUUUGGCAACAUUCAGCAGAUCGUGAAGCUGCGUGACGUGGGCCAGGCGCGCGGUGAUGACCCUGGCCGUGGGCCGCGGUACGUGCCACCGCCGCCUGACGGAGAGCAUGAGGGUCUGCCGACCGUCAUGGUCGAGGUGCGUGGCCAGUCUAUUGACCACGAGCGCCGUCUCCGGGCCUUGCAGGCCGCCGAGCGGUCGCGGGAGAAGGCGAAGGCCGGACGCACAGACGAGUUUGCCGAUGAGCUGCAAGGGUUCGUCGACAACCGCACACUUCGACGCACCGGUGGCCACUUGGAAGCGGAGCGCGUGCGCCAAAAACGCGAUCAAUCGACGCUGCGAGCUAUGUUUGAGCAGGCGCCAUAG